GACGGCAAAAAACCCGAUACCGAUAACACUACAGCCGCUCUAUCCAGUGAAGAUUCGAUUCCGCAACGCACUCUUCGACAGGCCACAAAAACCAAAGCAAAAUUAGAAAACAAAACGUCAAACUGAAGAUACAAAACAGAAAAGAAUUGAAAAGGAUAAAAAUUGUCGAUCAAAAGAAGAAUCGUAUCAAAAGUUUUCUAUUAUCUAAAUAAUUCAAAGUGAAAUCUUAAAUUUAAAAAUAUUCUGAAUUACAGUGGGUAAAAAACUAAAGCUAACUGGUCGUCCUGAUAGGAUCUUUCCUUUGUAAUAGCUUCACCAAAAUUGUGAGUCACAUGAGAUGAAAUCCCACCAAAUUCUAAUAAAAUGCUUUGCAGCAAAAAGUCAACCACAACCAUAUCGUGUUUUCUUUCUUGACUUGGUGCAAUCUAACCCAACAAAAUCUUUUUGAAUUUUGUACGUGGGUAGCAAGGAUGGAAAGACAUCUAGACACUCCAGAAUACAACUGUAAAGGAUGUAAUCGUCCCGACAACGCGGAUACAGAAAUGGUAUGCUGUGAUGGGUGCCACGAAUGGGAACAUUUUUCUUGCGCGGGUGUAGAUGACACAGUGCGAAAUCGUGCGUAUAUCUGUAAAGUGUGCAAAGCGAAAACUACAGUAACAGAAGCGCUUAAGCCUCUGAAACCUUCUACGUCGGAUAAUAAAUCGGCUCAUAUGUCCCAGAAAUCCAAGAGCGGGUCUAAGCGUGGAAAGAAAGUUCCACAAUCGAAGUCACAAUCAAGUGUAGCAUCCAGUGCAAGAGUAGCAUUGCUGCAGGAGGAAAUGAAGAUCGCCGAGGAAGAAACCUUAUUGAAAGAGCAGGAAUUGAAGCAACAGCAGCAGUUGAAGAAGCGGGAAAUGGAGGUGUUACGUCGCCAACUGGAUGAAAAGAAGAAAAUCGUAGCAGAAGAAAUGCGACUACAACAGUUACAAAUUUCCGAGGAGAUGGAAUUUAAUAAAAAUCAACAUAUGAUCCGGCGGCAGUCUAUAGAAAUGCGACGGGAAAUAAUUCGUCAAAUAUCAUCGGGAAGCAGUAGGAGUAGUUCAAUACCCGACUCUAGAGAGAAGGUGUCAUCUUGGUUGAAUGUCCACAACGACGCUGGAAGAUCGAUGGAAAACACUAUGCGCAACGAUACCACAAAGGAAGAGGAAACUCCCGUUUCGCAUAUAAACCGGUGUUCCGAAGACCCAGCGACUACUUCUACGAUGAGUAAACAGGUUCGCACAACUCAGCAGCCUAAAGCCACAAUCUCAAUAAACACCGAAGGUGCAGGUAUGAAUACUGUACCUAUGUAUCAGGACCCGUCCCAAAAUAAACCUAGCGUAGUAAAUUCGCUACAACCACCGAUCAUAUCAAGUGGCGUUGCGACAGCUGCUCAAACACACGUACCUCAGUGUCAGACAACAACGCGAACUGUUUUCCCGAAUCAUGUAAAUCCAGGCUUAACGAAUUGUCCAGGGUCGUCAUCAUGGAUCCACCCCCCUCAAUUCGAAAUUAGGAAUUCGAACAAUGUUCCUAUUGCUUCCAGUUUCCCAGCCUGUAUACCGGAAAAUCCCAUGUCUUCACAGCCCACGAUGGCAUUCUCUCAGCAGCACUGUCCAUCAAUGCUUGGUCCACAACUGAAUCAAUUUCAAGUGGCAUCUCGACAAUCGAUGGGGAGAGAUUUACCUAUCUUCACCGGAAACCCCGAAGAAUGGCCGGUGUUCAUUGCAAGUUUUGAACAAUCGACUCUAGCAUGUGGAUUCUCUAACGCGGAAAAUUUAAUCCGUCUACAACGAUGCCUGAAAGGACAUGCCCUGGAAUCGGUGAGAAGUCGUUUGCUUUUACCUACGAGCGUACCACACGUUAUACAGACUCUACGUACACUAUACGGUCGACCUGAACUGUUGAUACGGGUAUUAUUGGAAAAAGUACAACAAUCGCCCGCCCCCAAACCGGGACGUUUGGAGACAUUAGUACAAUUCGGAUUGACUGUCCAGAAUCUUGUAGACCAUCUAGUGGGAGCAAACCAAAAGGAUCACCUUUCCAACCCAAUUUUAAUGCAACAGCUAGUCGAUAAACUUCCUGAUCAUUUGAAACUUAAUUGGGGCAUAUAUAAAGGCAAUUAUCAAAACGCUUCACUCGCGACAUUUGGCCAAUUCAUGACUGGAGUGAUCGAAGCUGCUAGCGCAGUCAAUUUCGACUUGCCGUGGGUCGAAAAGCAAGACUGGAAUGAAAAAAGAAAAAGGGAAAAAGGUGUUAUCCAUACCCACUCGACGGAGCAAGUUGUUCCAGUCGACGAAGCUUCUUCAACGAUAAUAAACCGAAAACCUGUUAAAACAUGUCCUUUAUGUGGUCAUGAAGGUCACCGGCUACCUGAUUGUAAUCAAUUCGUGACUCUGAAUUGUGAUCAAAGGUGGAAGGUAGUCCAACAGAAAAACCUGUGCAGAACAUGUCUCAAUAACCACGGUAAAUGGCCAUGCAGGUCUUGGCAGGGUUGUAGUAUGGACGGAUGUAGACAAAAGCACCAUACUCUUCUACAUAGUACAACGACAACAUCGAGCAAUGUAUCAGCAAGUCACCUUUCUCUGAGUACAUCAACGCAUUCCAUAUUGCGAAUGAUUCCGGUUGUCCUGCGUAAUAACGGACGAACCAAGGCGAUUUUUGCCUUCAUCGACGAAGGUUCAUCACUCACAUUAUUGGAACAUUCAAUUGCCGAACAUUUGGGAGUGGUCGGAACGCCGGAACCACUAACAUUGCAGUGGACGGGAAAUGUAAAACGGGAAGAACGAAAAUCUCAUCGAGUAUUACUGGAAAUAUCCGGAAAAAGUAACACUAAUCGUCGAGAAACACUGCACGCGCGAACUGUUACCCAUCUACGUUUACCUUCACAAACAGUUAGAUAUCGUGAGCUCUCCCAACGAUUUCCUCACCUGCGUGGACUGCCAUUAGAAGACUACGAGCUUAUACAACCGAAACUGCUUAUAGGGCUCGACAAUCUUGCCUUAGGAGUUCCUUUGAAAAUACGUCAAGGAAAUCGAAAUGAUCCAAUUGCGGCUAAAUGCCGACUGGGAUGGAGUAUCUACGGCGGUUCUCCUAGCCAUCCUGGACAAGCAUCAAUCCUCAACUUCCAUGUUGGUGUUGUUUCCGACCCUGAUAGGGAGCUAAAUGAGCAGCUUCGGGAUUAUUUUACUCUAGAAAAUACUGGAACUAUUUCAUUAGAAAAACUAGAAUCAGAGGAUGACAAGCGAGCCAGAAAGAUCUUGAGGGAAACUACUAAGCGUAUUGCGAUCGGAUUUGAAACUGGGCUAUUGUGGAGAACUGAUGAUCCUGUGGUUCCAAACAGCUAUUCAAUGGCGUAUCGUCGGUUAGUCUCACUUGAGAGGAAGUUGGAGAAAGAUCCCCCUUUGAAGCAACGGAUCCACGCCAUGAUAGCAGACUAUGAAGGGAAAGGCUACGCUCAUAAGGCUACAAGCGAAGAACUAUCUUUAACGAACCAAAACCGAGUGUGGUCCUGA